CCGGGAUUGGCCGGCCUGGCGCGCGCAGGGCCCGCUGGGAAAGCGCGUCCCCGCCGCGGCUCCGCCAGUUUGAACUUGGCGGGCCUGAUGUGGGCGGCGGGGCGCUGGGGGCCUACUUUUCCCUCUUCCUACGCCGGUUUCUCUGCUGACUGCAGACCCAGGUCUCGGCCCUCCUCGGGCUCCUUCUCAGUCCCUAUGACGGGCGCACGUGGGCAGGGGCUGGAGGUGGUGCGCUCGCCGUCGCCGCCGCUGCCGCUGAGCUGCAGCAAUUCCACCAGGUCGCUGUUGUCUCCCCUUGGCCACCAGAGCUUCCAGUUUGACGAGGACGACGGUGACGGGGAGGAUGAGGAAGACGUGGAUGAAGAUGCCCAUGAUUCAGAGGCCAAAGUGGCAAGCCUGAGAGGAAUGGAGUUACAGGGGUGCGCCAGCACUCAGGUUGAAUCAGAAAAUAACCAAGAAGAACAGAAACAGGUGCGCUUACCAGAAAGCCGCCUGACACCAUGGGAGGUGUGGUUUAUUGGCAAAGAAAAAGAAGAACGUGACCGGCUGCAACUGAAAGCUCUAGAGGAAUUAAAUCAACAACUAGAAAAAAGAAAAGAAAUGGAAGAACGUGAAAAAAGAAAGAUAAUUGCUGAAGAAAAGCACAAGGAAUGGGUUCAGAAAAAGAAUGAGCAAAAAAGAAAAGAAAGAGAACAAAAAAUUAAUAAAGAAAUGGAGGAAAAAGCAGCAAAGGAACUGGAGAAAGAAUACUUGCAAGAAAAAGCAAAAGAAAAAUAUCAAGAAUGGUUAAAGAAAAAAAAUGCUGAAGAAUGUGAGAGGAAGAAGAAAGAAAAGGAAAAAGAAAAACAACAGCAAGCUGAAAUACAGGAGAAAAAGGAAAUAGCAGAAAAAAAGUUUCAAGAAUGGUUGGAAAAUGCGAAACAUAAACCUCGUCCAGCUGCAAAGAGCUAUGGUUAUGCCAAUGGAAAACUUACAGGUUUUUACAGUGGAAAUUCCUAUCCAGAACCAGCCUUUUAUAAUCCAAUUCCGUGGAAACCAAUUCAUAUGCCACCUCCCAAAGAAGCUAAGGAUCUAUCAGGAAGGAAGAGUAAAAGACCUGUGAUAAGUCAGCCACACAAGUCAUCAUCUCUGAUUACUAUGGCUGCUCUGAGGAAGUUGGCCUGUUGGGGGCAAAGAAUGGCAGCAAUGACACCCAUUGGGAUGACUUUGCAGUAUCUGGCAGAGAAGUCAUGAUAGCUUGGAUUAAAAUGGCAGCAGUGACAUGAUUCCAAGGAUAGGUGACAUGACAGCUUUUGAACAUCAAAGGGACUUUCAGAUGCUUGUAUAUAUUGACACAUUACUACAAAGUUACAAAGGAAAUUUCUAAAAUCCUGGUCAUUUGUAAAGAAAAUAUUUAACAUUCUAUGGGAAAAUAUACUUUGAGGUUUGAUGACAAACAUAGGCCAUCUGUGGCCUCAGAGUAAUACAGAUGGGGCUUCUUAUUUUGAAAAUAAAUUGCUAAUGAUCUAAUUAGCAAUUCAAAGCUUAUUCUUUCAUGGACUUGCUUAUUAUGAUACCUAAGGCCUAGGUGAAUCAAGAAUACAGUAGUUAUGUUACACUAACAACUUACACUGAUUUAAAUGUAAUACCUCAAACUAUAACAAACCUAGAAGAAAACCUCAGAAACACCAUUCUGGAUAUCAACAUUGAGAAAGAAUUUAUGACUAAGUCCUCAAAAACAAUUGCAACAAAAACAAAAUUGACAAGAUGGGACCUAAUUAAACUAAAGAGCUUCUGCACAGCAAAUGAAACUAUCAACAGAGUAAAUAGACAACCUACAGAAUGGGAGAAAAUAUUUGCAAAUUGUGCAUCCAACAAAGGUCUAAUAUCCAGAAUCUGUAAGUAACUGAAACAGUUGAACAAGAAAAAAAAAAAAAACAAACAAAAUUAAAAAGUGAGCAAAGGUUAUGAACAGACACUUCUCAAAACAAGACAUACAAGUGGCCAAGAAACAUGAAAAAUGCUCAUCAUGACUAAUCAUCAGAGAAACGCAAAUCAAAACCACAAUGAGAUACCAUUCUCACACCAGUCAGAAUGGUUAUUAUUAAAAAGUCAAAAAACAACAGGUGUUGGUGAGGCUGUGGAGCAAAGGGAAUGCUUAUACACGUUGGUGGGAAUGUAAAUUAGUUCAGCCAUUGUGGAAAGUAGCUUGGAGAUUUCUCAAAGAACUUAAGGCAAACUACCGUUUGAACCAGCAAUCCCAUUACUGGAUAUAUACCCAAAAGAAAACAAAUUGUUCUACCAAAAAGACCCAUGCAUGUGUAUAUGUUCAUCACAGCACUAUUCACAAUAGCAAAGACAUGGAAUCAACCUAGGUGCCCAUCAGCAGUGGAUUGGAUAAAGAAGAUGUGGUACAUAUACACCAUGUAAUACUACACAACCAUAAAAAUGAACAAAGUCAUGUCCUAUGCAGCAACAUGGAUGAAGCUGGAGGCCAUUAUCUUAAGUGAAUUAAUACAGGAACAGACAACCAAAUACUGCGUGUUCUCACUUAUAAGUGGGAGCUAAACAUUGAGUGCUCAUGGACAUAAAGAUGGGAACAGUAGACACUGGGGAUGACUAGAGGGGGAAGGGAGGGAGAGGGACAAGAGUUGAAAAAUUAAAUGUUGGUUACUAUGCUCAGUACCUCGGUGGGCGGGGGGGGGUCAUUCAUACCCCAAACCUCAGCAUCAUGCAAUAUAUCCAGGUAGCAAACCUGCCCAUGUACCCUGAGUCUAAAAUAAAAGCUGAAAAGGAAAAAAAGAGUGUUUUCUCAAGCUCUAAAAAAAAAAAAAAGUAAUACACUUUAUGACAAAAAACUAAUUUUUCUUUCUCCAAAAAAAAUAUAGUAAAUGAUAUUCAUGUAUUUGCCGUGGUCAUUAAUAUCAUAAAUUAAAUUCAUAUGUUGGCUUGAGGGAAAAACACAGUUACUUUACAGUGAAUAUUUACCUACUACUAUUGAUAAUGGCAGUCUGCCUAAGAGAGCAAAUUUUUCAGAAAGGGCAAUUGUAUCUUGAAUUACCUUUUAAAAUUGAGAAGGGAAAAUAUUCAAUUAUCUGUCAUUUGGGAGAAAGCUAUGCCUUAUGCGCAGAAGUCAGAGGGAACACUACCCUUUCCUUUGCUGGAAACAACAGAGCCACCUCUCCCUUUUCUCGUUCCUGGGCUCUUAGCUGAUAGAAUGCGCAUAUGACCUUGGAAAAAGAAAGAGCCUCUCCCUUCCUCCUUGUUUCAUGUCCCUGGGAACCACCUGAGGGGCAGCUGGAGAUGGAAACUAUCAUUGUUUCUCUGGUGGUGGCAGCACAGGGUGGCGUGGGAGUGGAAUGUGUUCUUAGUUGGAAAAAUUUACCAAAACAACCAUCCAGUACAUACCAGUCUGCAACUCCCUCUCCCUGGGCCAAGAGUUUUCUUCCCUUGGUAUAGGCUGAGAUGCAAAGUGCUUACAUAGGUAAAUCUAAAAGGUAAGUCUUGAAAGAUAUCUCUCAGUAAAAUAGAGGAAAUGCUCACCGGUUUAUUGUUUCAAUGAAGAUGUUAGGCUGAUGUCAAAGGCCCCUUUCUAUUCUAAAAAUUCUAUUUUGUGUGGUUCAUUUUUUGUGUUUUUAGUAUGUGAACAUUGGUCACUGCUUAUCUCUAGUAAAUGUGGUGAGGACAAUGUCAUUCCCAUCUUGAAAGAGUGGGUGGUUCAUAAACAACUGACUUCAGGAAGGCUUCCUCUGGGCCAAGCCCAGUUUCUGCUGAGAGGCACCCUGGCUCAGGAGAGCUGUAGGGACUCACCUGAGGUUAAAAACAUGGUCUGAGCCAGGCACAGUGCCUCAUGCCUGUAAUCCCAGCACUUUGGGAGGCCGAGCCCGGUGGAUCACCUGAGAUCAGGAGUUCGAGACCAGCCUGACCAACAUGAUGAAACCCCAUCUCUACUAAAAAUACAAAAAUUAGCUGGCAGUGGUGGCGGGUGCCUAUAAUCCCA